CCUGAGCCCAGGAUAACACUCGAUGUCGGGGGGCAGCCAGUUACCUUCCUAGUGGAUACAGGUGCUCAGCAUUCAGUUCUUACCCGGUCACCAGGCCCGCUCAGUGAACGAACUGCUUGGGUACAAGGGGCCACAGGCGGAAGAAGAUAUCGAUGGACCACCGAACGGAAGGUACAACUAGCAACUGGUAAAGUAACUCACUCCUUCCUACACGUACCAGACUGCCCCUAUCCCUUACUAGGGCGAGACUUACUCACCAAACUGAAAGCCCAAAUUCACUUUGAGGGGGCAGGGGCUCGAGUGUCGGGUCCAAAUGGAAACCCCCUCCAAGUCUUGACCUUACAAUUGGAAGACGAAUACCGACUAUAUGAGCAGGACUCUAAGACACAAGGAUCCAGAGACUUGGACAUAUGGCUUACAGAGUACCCACUGGCAUGGGCCGAGACUGGGGGUAUGGGGCUAGCCCUACAGCAGCCCCCUUUGAUCGUAGACCUGAAGGCCACAGCCACCCCAGUCUCAGUCAAACAAUACCCCAUGUCGAAUGAGGCCUACCAGGGGAUAAGACCUCAUAUAAAGAGACUAUUAGAACAAGGUAUUCUGAUUCCCUGUCGGUCACCUUGGAAUACCCCCCUCCUCCCAGUAAAGAAACCAGGGACAGAGGAUUAUCGACCAGUACAGGACCUCAGGGAAGUUAAUAAGAGGGUUGAAGACAUACACCCGACCGUCCCCAAUCCAUACAAUUUACUAAGCACCCUGCCACCAUCUCACACCUGGUAUACAGUGCUAGACUUGAAGGAUGCCUUCUUCUGUCUCCGAUUAAGCCCCAAAAGCCAACCCCUUUUCGCCUUCGAAUGGAAGGACCCCGAAUUGGGAAUUUCAGGCCAACUGACUUGGACCCGACUCCCACAAGGUUUUAAGAAUAGUCCCACGCUCUUUGACGAGGCCUUGCACCAGGACCUUGCGGACUUCAGAGUUCAACACCCAUCAUUGAUCCUACUCCAGUACGUGGACGACCUUCUACUGGCAGCCUCCACAGAACGUGACUGUCGACAAGGUACGGGGGCCCUAUUGCAAACUCUGGGACGGCUGGGCUAUCGAGCAUCUGCCAAAAAGGCCCAGAUAUGCCAGACUGAGGUGACCUAUUUGGGAUAUAAAUUAAAAGAAGGGCAGCGUUGGCUUACAGCCUCACGCAAGGAAACUGUAUCCCGUAUACCUGCACCUCGAGACCAUCGCCAGCUGAGGGAAUUCCUGGGGACUGCCGGGUUCUGCCGCUUAUGGAUACCAGGCUUCGCAGAAAUGGCAGCUCCUCUCUACCCCCUCACAAAGCAGGGGGUACCAUUCGGAUGGACAGAUAAACAACAAAAGGCUUUUGAGGACAUCAAACGCGCCCUCCUGUCCUCUCCAGCACUGAGCCUGCCUGACGUCACUAAACCAUUCGAACUGUUCGUUGAUGAAAAACAAGGUUAUGCCAAGGGGGUUUUGACCCAAAGGCUUGGGCCAUGGAAACGCCCUGUCGCGUACUUAUCAAAGAAAUUAGACCCAGUAGCCUCAGGCUGGCCCCCUUGUCUACGGAUGGUGGCAGCCAUUGCCGUCCUUAUUAAGGAUGCUGGCAAACUGACUUUGGGACAGCCCUUGACCAUUUUGGCACCCCAUGCCGUCGAGGCCUUGAUUAGGCAGCCCCCUGACCGGUGGCUCUCCAACGCCCGCAUGACCCACUACCAAUCCUUGCUGUUGGAUACGGACCGAGUCCAGUUCGGACCUGUAGUCGCCCUUAAUCCGGCGACCUUGCUACCCACACCGGAAGGACCAGACCAGCAUGACUGCCUUCAGAUCCUCGCGGAAAUGCAUGGAACCCGGAUGGACUUGACUGAUCAGCCCCUCCCAGAUGCGGACCACACCUGGUACACCGAUGGGAGCAGUUAUCUACUGAAUGGAGAACGCAGGGCGGGAGCUGCAGUUACCACGGAGACCCAGGUAAUCUGGGCCAGUGCCUUACCCAGCGGCACCUCGGCCCAACGAGCUGAACUCAUCGCUCUGACUCAAGCCCUUAGGUUGGGAGAAGGUAAGAAGCUGAAUGUUUAUACUGAUAGCCGGUAUGCUUUCGCCACCGCACACAUACAUGGAGAAAUAUACCGGAGACGAGGGCUCUUAACCUCAAAAGGCAAGGAAAUUAAAAAUAAAGCAGAGAUCCUUGCUCUAUUAGAGGCCUUAUUCCUCCCCAAGAGACUGAGCAUUAUGCAUUGUCCCGGACACCAAAAAGGAGAUCACGCCGAGGCCAGAGGAAAUCGGCGGGCGGAUGAAGCGGCCCGAGAGGCUGCUUUGGGACCACAAAUUCUCCCCCUAAUAUCCGAGCCCGUCCAAUCCACAAUAGACUGGGCCUAUGAUAAAGAGGACAUAAACCUACUCCAAAAAUUGGGGGCAGAAUAUAACCCAGCGAAUAGACGCUGGAUUUAUCGGGGAAAAAUAGCAGUGCCCAUAAAAAUAACCCAGGAACUUAUAGACUACUUACAUAAGUUGACCCAUUUGGGUACGAAGAAAAUGAAAACCCUCCUAGACAGAAUGGAAACUGGACAAUACCUCUUGAACAGGGACAGGGCACUCCAACGGGCAACAGACAAUUGCAGGGGCUGUGCCCAAAUCAAUGCAGGUCACUCGAAAGCCCUCCAAGGGGUACGCCUCAGAGGACAUCGACCCGGUGUCCACUGGGAAAUAGACUUUACUGAAGUUAAACCUGGCUUAUAUGGGUACAAGUACCUGCUGGUUUUUAUAGACACCUUUUCAGGAUGGGUAGAGGCCUAUCCCACCAAACAUGAAACGGCUAAGAUGGUUGCCAAAAAGCUAUUAGAAGAAAUUUUUCCCCGAUAUGGUAUGCCAAAGGUAUUGGGAUCUGAUAACGGGCCAGCCUUCGUCUCCCAGGUAAGUCAGUUGGUGGCCAAGUUACUGGGGAUUGAUUGGAGAUUACAUUGUGCUUAUAGACCCCAGAGUUCAGGACAAGUAGAACGUAUGAAUAGAACUAUUAAGGAGACUUUGUCUAAAUUAACGCUCGCUACUGGCUUAAAGGAUUGGGUGUUGCUCCUGCCCCUGGCCCUAUAUCGGGCCAGGAACACCCCCGGGCCACAUGGCCUUACCCCUUUUGAAAUAUUAUAUGGGGCACCGCCUCCAGCCAUACAUUUCUUUGACACGGACAUUGCAGACUAUGCUAACUCCCCUUCUCUACAAGCCCACUUGCAGGCCCUGCAGCUGGUACAACAAGAGGUCUGGAAACCCCUAGCAGCCGCCUACAAAGACAACCUUAACCAGCCAGUGGCACCUCAUCCGUACCAGAUCGGGGACACUGUUUGGGUCCGUAGACAUCAAACUAAGAACCUGGAACCGCGCUGGAAGGGACCAUACACUGUUCUCCUGACCACCCCAACGGCGCUCAAGGUGGACGGAAUUGCUGCCUGGAUCCACGCCUCACACGUGAAAGCCGCCAGCUCAGAACAACAGACAGCCAGCCAAAAGGAAGGAUGGAAGAUCCAACGCUCCCAAAACCCCUUAAAGAUAAGACUGGUUCGAAAAUGAUAUUAUGGGCAGUAGUCUUUCCCAUGUUGAUCUUGGGAUCCAUGGGGGCUCCUAAUGGAAGCCCCCACGCAGUUUAUUCCUUAACUUGGCAGAUUAUUUCCCAGACUGGGGAGGUAGUCUGGAAGACGACUGGCCAACAUGCCCUCAAUACCUGGUGGCCUCCCCUCACCCCGGAUUUUUGUCAGCUAGCUGCGGGACUAGACUCUUGGGACAUAGCCACCACCGACUAUAAUCAAUUAACGAGAAACAUGCAGCCAACGGGGGG